CCGAAAGCGCCUGGCGUCGCUGGUUGCUGUGGCGGUGACUCGGGAGCUUGGAGAUUUUCCGGUGCCCCUGUUGGAUAACCGCAUUUUCCCAGCUGGUUGCAUCCCCACCGUUCGAACUAGCGUGUGCGUGUGGGGACGUUGGUCAUCGUUCAGUUGUCAUGGGACGGACGAGUCACUGCUGAGAUGGAUACCACAGUGGAUACAACGGACUUGCUUCUGCACCUUUCACGAGCGUCGCUACUGGCCUGAUCCCGCUUACUCGGGUCAACGGCAGCAAGGGUGAUGGACACACCGUCGGCCGGGGGUGGUGCACCCAAGGAGCCCGCGCAGCCGCGUGUGCUGAGCACGACGUGCCCCGAUGAGGCGUGCUGUGCGCGCCUCUUCUUUCCGUCCUACGACCAGAGUGUCGAGUGCCCCCAGUGUGGCCAGCGCCAUGACCGGACAGCCCUGCGCGACGUCCAGGAAGUGUCCAACCCGGGCAUAGCCUUCCACUCGCUCAUCCGAAACAUCCUCAUUAGCAACCUUGUGCCCAAGCAUGGCGAGGACACCAUCAAAGUGCGUGGCCUGUCCAACUACCAUUGCAAGCUUGUUUCGCCGCUUCUCACCACCUACGGCAUGGAUAAGCAGACGGGCAAGGCCCGGCUUCUUUCGGAGAUGGGCGCGGGCGCCUACUUCGACUGCAGUGUGCUGGCCGUACGUGCCUUCCGCAUUGACCCCGAGCUGGUGGACGUGGCAGGCUAUGGCAAAGAUGUGUCGGGGAGCCUGUCGUACCUGCGCGGCACCCUCGCCCUGGUGCGGGCCCACAACGACGGCGAGGACCGGCUGCUGCCGGUGCAUGUGGACGGGGACGGCCACUGCCUAGUGCACGCCGUGUCGCGGGCCCUGGUCGGCCGGGAGCUCUUCUGGCACCCGCUGCGCUGCCACCUCAAGCGACACCUGGAGGAGCACCUCGCUAAGUACAAGGAGCUGCUCAAGGACUUUGUGGACGAUAAGGAGUGGCCGGCGAUCAUCGCCGAGUGUGAUCCCGACUUCCUGCCGCCCGAAGGGGAGCUGCUGGGUCUGCGCAACAUCCACGUGUUCAGUCUGGCCAACGUGCUCCGGCGGCCCAUCAUUCUGCUCGACUCGCUAGCGGGCAUGCAGAGCCCCGGCGACUAUGCCGCCCUGUUCCUGCCCAGCCUGGUGGCGCCCGAGCAGUGUCGCGGUGGGCCCCGCAACCGCCGCAACCCGCCCCUCUGCCUCUCCUGGAGCUCCUCGGGCCGCAACCACUACAUUCCGCUGGUUGGCGUGCGCAUGGGAGACAAGCUUCCGCAGAUCCCGCGGUCACUGCUGCCGAAGGCAUGGGGCGUGCCGCACAGUCUGGUGGACUCGUACAUCGACUUUGAUGCCAACGGUUGCUGUGUAGUCGGUGGCGACCACCAGCUGUCCGAAGGCUACCUGAUGCGCCUGACUGCGGCCAUGGACGAGGUUUUCCAGCACAAACACGGCGUGCACCCAACUCUUGUCGCUGAUGUUCACCACUAUGUCUACAAACGGACUGGUGUGGUGGGCAUCCACCCUUUGCUGGUGGUGCGGGCAACGCAGAAGGCUCUGGUGGAGCGGCGCCUUUACCGAUGCCUGACGUGCAACGCAGUCUGCGAGCACCACGUGUCGCCCGAGUGGUUCCGGCCGGGGGGCCUGCUCUACACCACUCUGCAGGAGAGCGUCAAGACCCCGUUGCCCGAAAAGCUCUACACCUUCCGGCAGUACGGUGUCACUUGCUGGUACAACCGGGAGAAGGAUGAACUGGUGCCAGUGAUUGCAAAGAACACGCUGGAACACUGUACCUGGUGUAAAAGCACCCAUGUCCGGCAUCUCCGUGGCGACGGAUCCUUGGAGCUCCGGAACGGGGAUCGCACUCGCACACCGUCCAACUCCAAGUACUGCAGCUGCGGCUUCAAACACUUUUGGGACGGCAAGGAGUAUGACACACUGCCCCUGCAGAUCACAGUGUCCCUCGAGUGGAACGACAAGGUGGUCAAGGACACGGUUUUCUGGUUCCAGCAUGAGAGCGACGCUGCACUCAACAGCAACGUGUACACGGUUGCCUCCGAGGUGGUCAACAAGCACUUUCCCGGCGUAUUUGGCUCAGAGCGCCUGUUGCAGCAAGUGGUGGACCAGAUCCUGGAGCAGACACGCCUGCCCGAGGAUUCGAUGGAGGAAGACCGGACAGAUGGCAGUGACGGAGAGGCUGGGGGAGGUGGACGCUGCCGUUCACCCCAUGGACCUCUCACCUCUCCAUCGAGCUCUUCUACCACAGCCUCCAAGUUCAUUAUCAAAGGCUACAAGACGCUGCACAAGGAGGAGCUGGGUGUCAGCGAGACAGAGCGCCGGCUUCUCGAGCGGAUACAGACUAAUGCCACCACGUCCAGGAGGAAGCACGAAAGUGGGUCGCCCGAGAGAGACCGCCAUUCCACGGUGUCCGGCGCAUCAGCCAUGUCGCCCAUUACUGUGGUCUCCAACACAUCACUCCCCUUGGCUCAGCCUGCGUCUGUAGAGCGGCCAAACUUCGUGCGGGUGGUCACCUCCGAUGGACGGCAAGGACAGCUGAGGCCCAGUGCCUUGGGCGUCACCUUCACCGAGCUCCAGGCAUGGGUGACCACUGAGUUUGGGAUUCCCGCCGAACGGCAGCUUCUCAAGAGUGGCAUCCCGCCUCGGGUUUUGGUGGCACCCCCCAAUGGCGGUGCCCUGUCACUUUCCCACGGCGACCGCGUCAUCGUCGAGGUGGUCGGGGCUGACCCCUCUGCCGGCGCCGUUGCACAUGGGGGCCCGCUCGAUGCAGCCAGUACAAGUGAUGACACCCUGGAAGGUGACUUGGUAAGGCAUUUGCAUGAGGUUCAGAAGAUCCUGUCACUGGAAUCAGGUUUACGGGCUAUGCUCGGCCACCUGAAGCGGACGGGUGCGUCGGUGUGGUCGUACGCACAGGAGAACGAAUGGCUGUUCUGUCGUGGAGGCCUGUUCUAUGCACAGAUGCAGCGAGACGUGGGCCUCGUCGAUGGCAAGCACUGCCACUUGCCGCUCAUCCCCGACAAGGUGUUCACGUACAAUGCCAAGCACGACCGCCUUGAGCUGUGCUUCGAGCCCUACGGCCACUUUGCCAUUGGCCCCGACGUGGAGGCCAAGAUUGCAAGCGGUCAGGUCGGCAGCACAGGCCAGCACCAUCAGAGCCCGACUGCAUCGCCCACCUCAGCUGCAGCCUCGUCCACGGUCACCGAAGGAGCGUCCACCUCGGCGGAUAGCUCGAACACCGGCAGCGGCUUCGCAGACGAAAAGAAGUCUGCAAGCGUCGUCGCGAAAGCGAGCCGGACUGUGGUGCGCAAGGGUCCUGGCUUCACAGUGUUGGCUCCUGCCUCGCCCGAGAAACCGGGGAGGCUGACGGAAUCAGGUUCCGGACAAUGUGAGCAGAAAAGCGCUCUGGAGCAGCUCCAGACAGUCGUCUCCAUGCUCCAGGACCAAGGGAGCAGGGCUGUCACUGAAACAGAUCCCGAACCCAGCUGGAGGAAAGGGGGCAAUGAAGAUGCCGAUAGCAUGGACACAGACUGACCGGCCUCACCCAAGUUCUCCUUUCUGCCAAAGGAGUUUGGUGAAAAAGAGAAAAAGAAAGGAAAACUGCUGCGUUGUGAUAGACUGUCAUUUUGUACACAAGUUCUGUACGUACGUGUACUUCAUUGAUAAUGAAAGUGCUUGUAGUAGUACUAAAUCUGAACAGGGCUUAUCUAGACCACUCAGCAAGUGCUAACGGGGUAUGGUGCCAAACACACCUCGUUUCAGUUGAGAGAAGUGUUUGAAGAGAAGGGACGCCUGAACAGCCGCGUGCGUGCUAUUUAUGAACGUCUAGUCCAUACCACCGCAUGUUUCGACGGCGAGAUUAAACGGGGAGCAAGCCCUUUUUACAGGGCCAAGGAGU